UCACAGGAGACAUUGGAUUUAACCUGUAGAGAAGACCCAUGUUUUGUGAAAUUCUCAGAGAGGGAAAAGAUUGCAAACCUUCAAGCUGAAAUCAAUGAGGUGAAGCUGAAAAUUGAAAUGCUGCAGCUGGAGAAAGAGACAGCAGACAUUGCUCACCCUUUUUAUUUGGGCAAAAAAUGUGAGGUUUUGCAAGAUAUGAACAGGCACUUGGAAGCUGUGCUGAAAGAGAAGAGGGCUCUUAGAAAGAGGUUGAUAAAGCCCAGAUGUCAAGAGAGCCUGCCUAUUGAGGCUACUUUUCACAAGUACAUAGUAGAGUUGUUGACUGAGGCCGUGACUUUCAUCGAGAGGCUUGAAAGCCAUUUGCAGACGGUUAGAAGCAUCCCUCAGAUACCGAAGAUGAUGAAGGAUAUGGACAUUGCUAUGAAAAAAACAGAGGUGCUUGUGAUGGACUUGGAGGAGCUGGCAGACCAAAUACUGAAAUGGAGAGAAGUGCAAAAAGAAGUGUAUUCUGACAGCAUCCGCAAUAUUGCUGAAAUGGACUUCAAUUUAUCUUUAACCUGA